UUUCUUAACCGCUCCACCUUGCAAUCACUGCCCUUCUCUUUCUUAAAACAGAAGCCAUUAAUCCUUGCAACCCACUUCAAAUUUUCUCAUCUUCUUCCAAAGUUUCUAUCUACUCUAUUCUCUUGUCAAAUGGGUAGAGGGGGACAAGACUCCGAUUUUAAAGCCCAUUUAGUCACAGAAAUUUGUUCCAUUUCAACAUGCUUGGUGGCCUGCGCUCAUACACGUGGUUGCAGCAGCGCUGUUAAGUCACAUUUCAUUGAUUGGUAUCGUGUUCUUGGAGUGGAAGAAAGUGCAGGCAUAGAUGUUAUUCGCAAGCAAUACCAUAAGCUUGCUUUGCAACUUCAUCCAGAUAAGAACAUGCAUCCCAAGGCUGAAAUUGCUUUCAAGCUUGUCUCAGAGGCAUAUACCUGUCUCUCCAAUGGUGCAAAAAGAAGAGCCUUUGAUUUGGAGAGAAGGAAAAACUUUUGCUUUCAGUGCAAUAAAAUUCCAUAUACGACCUGCAGUGCUCCUAGAAAAUCCAAUGCUUCAAAAAGCAGCGAGUGUAAUCUUACAAGCCGGUCAAGGUCUCACAAAGUUCUGCAAGGUUUAAAAGGCAUCAGAGAAAGAUUUAAAGAGGAGGUCAAGGUGAUAGAGAAUUGUUUGAGGGCAAAUGCAACAUCAAGGGAGGAAUCCCCACUCUUCAAUCCAUCAGAAUAUUUAUUCCCAAGAAACAACAACAAUAACAGGACAAGGAAAGAAUCCCUAGUCUUUAAUCCAUCGGACUACACAUUCCAAGGCUACCCACAUCUUAGAACCAGAAUUUGCAAGAAACCUGACAACUUUUGGUACUUGCAAUCUGGUAGAAUGAUGAAUUAUGAACAAGGAAGUAGGAGAUAUGACACCCCAAUUUUUGAAGUAAGGUCAGAAACAGCAAUGCUUAGAAGCAAAUCUGCUUGUGUACGUUCCUAA